AUGAGCAGUAGAGUAAAAUUUAAUCACGAGAUAGGAUUUCUGGAAAUAUGGGAUCGAAUCCGUAGGAGGAUUGCAAGUGAUCAAUGCGAAACGCAGGAAUUUACAAGCAUGCUCGAUAAUUUGACGUAUUAUUUGGAACUGGCUCAGGAAAAUUGCAAACCGAAGAAUCGUGAACUGUAUAAUGCGCUCUGCUGUAUACUUCAUGAGGAAAUCAUCGACAAAAAGAAACGUUUCACUAAAACAUCAAAAUAUAUCGAUGAAUCAACCGCUAUUGUUGAUUCGGGAUUUGAAACAUUCCAUUCAGAAUCACCUGCAAAAUAUAGCUCGGAAUUGAUAAUACCAGGUCGUAUAGGUACGGAUCAAAAGGUAACAUCAUAUCGAUCAAAGUAUAUCAAACCGAGACCACAAAAAAUAUUACUACGGAAUAUGACAUAUGAUUCUACUGUCACCAAGAAUAUUUUUGACAUUAAAAUGAGAAAUAUAAAGCAGUGUACAAAUAGCUAUCCAUAUAUGGUAACGGCGAUAAUGUGCUGUUUUGCUUGUUUGAUUGCCCUUAUACCGCACCGUUUCUUUCCGUGGUUUUUCCCUUUGGUAUCAUUCAAUUCACCACCACCUUUGUAA